GUUCAUAAUAGAAGCAAAUAUGACCAUAACAGAAAGGUGCGUUUAGAAUCUGGUUUUCUGGUAUACAUAAUUGGAAAUAACGAUUGUUAUAUGGAUGAUUCUACUCAAUCGAAUUCGAGUGAGUGUUAGUGUAGAAGCUACAACCGAUCAUGAAGAGAAAGAAAAAAAACUUUCAGCAAAUCUCCAAUUACAAUUUGAAAUAAAAACUGCCAAGGAUAUAUUACUAAUUGGGGCUGGUUUAGGUAUAGCCGGCGCAGUGAUAUAUUCAAUUUUUCAUUCUGUCUUUGGUUCCUGCACAGUGUCAAAGGGGUCCAUAAUUGUGAUUGUUGACUGCUCUUCAGUCGAGCAUGUGCAGGCAUUACUUGAAGAUUAUAAAUGUGGAAAACUAAAAAGACGGCUUUUGGAGGAGUUCCGAAUGAAUGACGUCAAGGUCGAGGAUUUAUCGAUUAAAUUUGAUGUUAAGGAAACUUUGAAAUUGAACGAGAAUCCUAAACACGGAAUUUUUCAAGAAAGCAAGGAUGAAGCCGUAAAAGUGGGGAAACCAACAACCGGCAUGACUCGAACAGAGUUCCUUGCGAUGUUGGAAAGCAUCAGAAAGUUGGAUGGCGUAACAGAAAGGCUUCUUAAUUUAACCGAAAUGGAGCGUUAUACUUACGGCAGGAAUGAUAGUCCAUACAGUCGUGUAAUCAGUACAAGUGAUGAACACGGAAGGACAAUCUUGCACUAUGCCGCUGUGGUCAGAAACAAACAGUUGGUAGCACAUCUCUUAUACCUUUCGCCAUCCAAUAUUAACGCGCGCGAUUGUGAUGGCAGGACCGUUUUUCACCUUGGGUAUAUACCCACCGAUCUCCUUAUUCGACAUGAAGAGUUCAGAUAUCGAUCGCGACAUGAAGAGUUCAAAUAUCGAAAUGAAUCUCUCAUACAUAUGAUGAUACAUUGUUGGAAUCUUUCUGUAGAUGACCAAGACAGCGAAGAUCGAACACCGCUGCAUUACGCCGCCAUGUACUACGAGAACGAUGUUCAAACGUUGAUCAAUGAAGGGGCAAAUAUUCACGCCAUUGACGUACAUGGUAAAACGCCUCUUGAUUAUGCUAAGGAACAUGGUAAAACAGAAGCUGUAGAACGUCUUCAGCCACAUAAAAAAAGUUCCCAUUCUCGAACAAUGCUACACCAUUCAGUUAUUAAUUUCGAGCAGGAUGCGUUUAAUCUGCUUUUAACGCAAGACGUGGACGUGAACAAUCGCGAUGAUGCAGGAAAGACUCCUCUACAUUAUGCUUUCGAGUAUGGUAAAGUUGAGGCCGCCGAGAAACUUUUAGAGGCUGGUGCUAGUGUAGAUCUAAAAGAUGCAAAAGGGAGAACAGUUCUACAUCUUGCAGCAAAACGUGGCGAUGAAAAGUUGUUUGAUUUACUUGUUAAAAGCAAUGCAAAUUUGAAUGUCCUGGAUAGCGAAGGAAACUCUGCUCUUUAUUAUGCAGUUGACAAGGGCAGUAUUGCCAUCGCCGAGAAACUUAUUAAAUCUGGAGCCAGCGUGGACGGGAAAAAUGACCGAGGAGAAACAGUGUUACAUCUUGCCGCCAAACGAGGUAAUGAAGCACUGGUUGACCUGCUUUUGAAAAACAACCCAAAUGUGAAUAGUAUCGACAGACACGGGGACACCGUUCUACAUAAUGCCAUACGUAGAAACAAUGCCGCAAUUGUCGCGAAACUUUUUAAGGCUGGAGCCAACAUAGGAGGGAAAAAUAACUAUGGAGAGUCAUCGUUACAUUAUGCUGCAGAAUAUGAUGAUGAAAAAAUUAUUGAUCUGCUUUUGAAAAAUAACGGAAAUGUGAACGAUAUCGACAGUAGAGGAAACUCUGUUUUACAUCAUGCAGCCGUCGGACGCUCAAAUAACGCAGUUGCCAUCGCCGAGAAACUUAUUAAAGCUGGAGCCAGCGUGGAUUUGAAAAAUAACGAAGGACAAACAGUUUUACAUGCUGCUGCUGGAUAUCGUAAUGAAGAACUGGUUGAUCUGAUGUUGAAGAGCAAAGUUAGUGUGAAAGAUGUCGACAAUCGGGGGGAAUCAGUUCUUCAUUUCGCCGUACGUUCGGGCAUCGUGACGAUGGUCGAGAAACUUAUUAAAGCAGGUGCCAGCGUAGAAGGGCAAAAUGACGAUGCAGAGUCAUUGUUACACAUUGCGGCAAAAGCACCUGAUGAAAAAAUGAUCGAUCUGCUGUUGAAAAAUAACGCAAAUGCGAAGGGUAUCGAUGGUGGAGGAAAAUCUUUGGUUUAUUACGCUGUCGUAAGGCGCAAUAUCACCAUCGUUGAGAAACUUUUAGAAGCUGGAGCCGGCGUAGAAGGAAAAGAUUAUGAAGGACGAACAGUUUUACAUCUUGCUGCACAAGACAAUGAUGAAAAAAUGGUUGAUCUGCUGUUGAAAAACAUGGCGAAUGUGAAUGAUAGUGACGGAAAGGGAAACUCUGCCCUAUAUUAUGCUGCCCUGUGGCGCAAUGUGGCCAUCGUCGAGAAACUUCUUAAAGCCGGAGCCAGCGUUGGCGGGGAAGAUGGCGAAUCUCUUGCAUCUGGUUCCCAACCCACAACAGAACAAGAUUACGAAAAGCUGAUUGAUUCAAUAUUGGAAAAAAAAGAUCAACCGGCGAGUUUAGAAAAAAUAAUGGGUUCAAAGAAACGUUUUAUCAAGUCCAGUCAGGACACAAUUCAUUCAGAAUCUGGACAUCUCAUCAAGGAUACAAAGUAACUUUAGCCGAAAAGAAACCACGACAUAAGGUCUACCAUGGCAGUCCAAUGGUGAAUGGUUUGCUUAAAAUAAAAAGGGGCUAAAACAUUGAAAAUUUAAAUAAAGCUAUCGUAAUUUUGAUGAAAUUGACAGAGAUGUCAUUUAUUUACCUUCCAAUAUACUGAAAUCUUCGACGUUGCGUCUAUUAUAACGAAAUGGCUGCAAAUUGUCUAUUGAUAUCUAUACUGUGCAUGCAUCGCUUGAAAUUGUAAAAGAAGCACGUCGCUCGUAAGUGAUAAGAUUUUAGUAUAUUACCAUUUAUAGCAAGGUAAAUAAAUGACAUAUUUGUCAAUUUCAUCAAAGUAAGGAUGGCUUUGUUCAAAUUUUCAAUGCUUCAGUGCAUUUUUACUUCAAAUAAACCAUUAAUAUGCCAUGGAUCGUCUGGUCUGGACGAUUUCUCUCCUACAUAUUGUUUUAAUUCUUCUGCUAAAAAUCUGCUAAAAAUUCUCAAAACAAGCGCGGGCCAUUUAGAAUUCGAAUGAAUAGUUCAGAGUCAGUGUGGAAAAAGUGAGGAAUAAGAACAUCAUGAUCGAACUCUAAGGGGCUGCCUCUUAUUCGUCGAAACUUGUAAUUCUGCAAGAAAAAGUCGGAUCAAUCGGGGCUGUCUCAUACCAGAUUAAUGACACAUCAGGAAUACGCAAAGAAAAUAUUUUCAUGAUCAAACCGAUAAUUUCGGGAAAAUUGUCAAAUUUUUAUAAAAGGCGCUGCCUGGCCCAUAUCCCUAGGCAAUAUAAGCAUGACAGGAAUGAGCUAGGUUUUAUCCAUGCAGUUUGUCGGACCGGUGUUAGUCUUUUGGCGCUAAAUGCAUUUUAGUAGGUCAACCGGGACUUUAACAUUUUUGAAAAAUUCCGCAAAUGAUGCUUUCGUAUAGCGUAGUUAAAUUUCCCCCUGUAAUAUUUCGAUAUACUAAACAACUUGGUUAAUACUACUACUUUUACAGUACGAAUAGACAUUUUUAGUAUAUACUGUAAUAAUAACUUCAUUAUAUACUGUAAUUGUAAUGAAAUUAUUUCGUGACAUUGUGUUUUUAUACAAGAUGAAUAUAAUAAUUAGCCUUUCUCACGAUGACGAGUAUGCUGCCAUUUCUACGGUAGUAUUUUCAAAAUCGUAAGCGGAAGACCUCGUUACGGCGACUGUCUUUAUUUUUAGA